AUGAGUCGCUCGAGCCCCUGGGCCCCGCUCUGCCUGCUGCUGCUGCUGCUGGCCGCCGCCGUGCCGCUCUCCCGGCCACAGCAGCCCCCGGAGAGACCUGUUUUCACAUGUGGUGGCAUUCUUUCUGGAGAGUCUGGAUUCAUUGGCAGCGAAGGUUUUCCCGGAGUGUACCCUCCAAAUAGCAAAUGCACUUGGAAAAUCACGGUCCCCGAAGGAAAAGUUGUCGUUCUUAACUUCAGGUUCAUCGACUUGGAGAGUGACAACCUGUGCCGCUAUGACUUCGUGGACGUGUACAACGGCCAUGCCAACGGCCAGCGCAUCGGGCGCUUCUGCGGCACCUUCCGGCCGGGAGCUCUCGUGUCCAGUGGCAACAAGAUGAUGGUGCAGAUGAUUUCCGAUGCCAACACCGCGGGCAAUGGCUUCAUGGCUAUGUUCUCUGCUGCUGAGCCAAAUGCAAGAGGAGAUCAGUACUGUGGAGGACGCCUGGAAAGACCUUCUGGUUCUUUUAAAACCCCCAACUGGCCCGACCGGGAUUACCCUGCAGGAGUCACUUGUGUGUGGCACAUCGUAGCCCCAAAGAAUCAGCUUAUAGAAUUAAAGUUUGAGAAGUUUGAUGUUGAGCGAGACAACUACUGCCGCUAUGAUUACGUGGCCGUGUUCGAUGGUGGGGAAGUCAACGAUGCUAGAAGAAUCGGCAAGUACUGCGGCGACAGUCCGCCGGCGCCAGUUGUGUCAGAGAGAAAUGAACUCCUUAUUCAGUUUUUCUCAGACUUAAGUUUAACUGCAGAUGGAUUUAUUGGUCACUACAAAUUCCGGCCCAGAAAGCUGCCUGCCACCACAGUGCCACCUGUUACCACCACAGUCCCUGUAACAGCAGGUUUAAAACCCACCGUGGCCCUCUGUCAGCAAAAGUGUAGACGGUCGGGCACUCUGGAGAGCAACUAUUGUUCAAGUAACUUUGUGUUGGCUGGCACUGUUAUCACAACCGUCCCUCGAGGUGGGAGCCUGCAUGCCACCGUCUCGAUCAUCAACAUCUAUAAAGAGGGUAAUCUGGCAAUUCAGCAGGCUGGCAAGAACAUGAGUGCCAAGGUCAUUGUGGUCUGCAAGCAGUGCCCUCUGCUCAGAAGAGGUCUGAAUUACAUUAUCAUGGGCCAAGUGGGUGAGGAUGGGCGAGGCAGGAUCAUGCCCAACAGCUUCACCCUGAUGUUCAAGACCAAGAACCAGAAGCUCCUGAAUGCCUUAAAAAACAAGCAGUGUUAGCAGUGAACCGCGUCAGUGCAACCUGCGUUCUCUUACUGCUUCUGAACGAUCUGUCCUUCUUCAGUAGAACAAAAAACUUUAAACAUGGCGUAUGGAGCAUUCUGAGAGAUGCUCAUUAACUCAUUCACUCUUCACCUGCAGUGGGUGUGACACUUCCGGUACUGUUGAUGGAAGGUCUGUGGCUGCGUGGAGAUGAGCAGAUCUCGGUGUGGUGACGAAGUGUGGACAGCCUGGCAGUGGCUUAUUUAUGUUUCUGUAAAGGGAAAUUUUACAAUUGAAUUGCAUGGAGCUAUGGAAAAGAGAUUUUAUAAGUACAAUAUUUAUAGCAAUCCUUGUGUUACCUUCCAGCAUUUGCUCCAAGGUGUUACACUCUUCUCUUGCAUUUUUAAAAUCAGUGCUUAAUAAAAUAUUUUUAAAUGA